GAAAGGAGAUAGAAAGUCCCCGUAAACGGUCUUUGGCUGACAUCCCCUCAAGUCUACAGCACAUUAAAAAGAAAUGACCACCCUCCUGCCAGAAGACACAGUAGAGUCCCAAGGCUCAGAUGAGCUUGAAUGCAAGAUCUGUUACAACCGCUAUAACCUGAGACAGAGGAAGCCUAAAGUCCUGGAAUGUUGCCACAGAGUAUGUGCCAAAUGUCUCUGCAAGAUCAUUGAUUUCGGGGACUCUCCUCAGGGGGUCAUCGUUUGCCCGUUCUGUAGGUUUGAGACGUGCCUACCCGACGAUGAGGUCGGCAGCCUUCCCGACGACAACAACAUCCUCGUGAAUUUGGCUUAUGGGGGGAAGGGGAAGAAGUGCCUGCCAGACAAUCCCACGGAACUCUUACUGACUCCCAAAAGACUAGCCUCUCUCGUUAGCCCGUCUCACACGUCCUCCAACUGCCUGGUUAUAACCAUCAUGGAAGUACAGAGGGAGAGCCCACCGACCCUGAACUCGACCCCUGUGGUGGAAUUCUACAGGCCCACAAGCUUUGACUCCGUGGCCUCCGUGCCCCAAAACUGGACCGUGUGGAACUGUACGUCCUUGCUCUUCCAGACUUCAAUCCGAGUCCUCGUUUGGUUGCUAGGUUUGCUGUAUUUUAGUUCUUUGCCUUUAGGGAUCUACUUACUGGUAUCAAAGAAAGUCACCCUCGGGGUAGUCUUCGUCAGUCUCGUUCCCUCGAGUCUCGUUAUUCUCAUGGUUUAUGGCUUUUGCCAGUGUAUAUGCCACGAGUUUCUGGACUGUAUGUCUUCUUAA